AUGUCAGAUAGGCACAUCGUGCCCUUGUCCUGCGUCACCGCUUCGCCUGAUGACCCGAUCAUUAUUGCCACACCACCGCCAAAGGAUGCAGGUGUGACCGCGGAUCUGGACGACACCUCCUCGUCCUCCAGCAACGAUAGCGACGAGGAGGACAGCGAUGAGGACGAGGAUAACGAUGAAGACGCUCGCAUCAGACGUCAAGAGAAGAGAGCUGGCAAAACACGGGAGCUGCUUUCUUCGAAAUUCGGGCUUGUACAGGAGAAAAAGGUCAAAACCAUCACGUAUGAUCAAAUCACCGACAACCUCAUCGAGAAGUUUGGUUCCUUGAAAGAUUGGUCUACCAAUCUCAAGAAUAACCUACGCACCUGGCCAUGUUCCCCUGCGAGACGAGUUCGUCUUCUUCGAACAUGCCACCACCUCUGCGAGUUCGUUGCAGCCGCUCGCCCUCAGGACGUGGGUCGUAUCCUGGACCGGAAAGGUUAUCUAGACCGUUUCACUGAGUUCCUCGAGUGCCGUGCUCAGAAGUACCGGAUCAUCGAAGGUGAACACGUCUAUAUGUCGGCUGCCACACUCGCAACGCUCCGAUGGGACGUAGUGUUCCUUGGGAAGUGGUCGGUAUCGCCGGACUUGACACGCAACGAGGUCGCCCUGUUGUUGAAGAAGAAGACGUUCAGCAUGUUGUCCCACUGCGUGGAGGAAUACAAGCUUAAAACCCAAGUCAAAUCACGUCUACUCCUUGGUACCCACGAGAUCCGCAUGUUGAAUGAGAAUCUCCUCUCGAUGACCGAGGAUAUCGACACGGCUGAGUCUGAGUCGGUCUCAUACGACAUCAUCUGUCAACAGCUAGUCCUCUACCUGACUUACCACUAUACCAUGAGCCGACCAGGCGCCUUGCUAUCUACAAAGGCUUACCCGAACACCUACCUCACCUGGCGUGACGUCGAAAUUUCCCGGCGUUUUGCUCCUCUGGACGAACCCUCCGCCAUCAACCCCGAGAAGUGCUACCCCAAGCUUCUCGGAUGGGACGUACGCAUCACUCUUCGACACCUCAAAGGCUACCAAACGCUGUCCUGCCUGAUCCUGCGAUACAACGUCAGAUCGGUACAGAACGAAUAUAAUCUGCCGUUCGACGCCGGGGUGAUGUUCCUGGCACAUGCAUUUCGGUCCGGCAUCAUUGAAGACGACAUCGACACUUUUCUGAUGUCAGAUAAGGUCGCUGUCGUUUUCAAGCCGGAGGCUUUGAGCCAGCCCGUGUUUCGUGCCCGCUUCUCCCGAUCGGCUCUUCAGGUCGACAGACCCUUGACCUACGACGAUUCUCAGAAGGCUCUUAAAGCGGCCUGCUACAGCACCGGUUUGAUCCCGGACAAAACCCAGAUCGUCUCGUCAUAUGGCAUGCGUGCGUGGAGUGCCACCAAAGCCGCCGCAUAUUUCAUGGGAUAUGAUCGGACUCGAAAGGCAUUGGGCCACAAAAAGAACUCUGCGGCGCUGGAAGACGUUUACGAUCAGGCGCAAAACGCCAUCGACUUUGCCGGAGCGAUGAUGGGUGAAAAAGCUCUUGAUGUGGAACUAGAUCGGCACCCUUACCAACAGGCCCCAGGACGAGCCGCGGCUCACAAUUUCAAGCUGCGGGACGCCAUCGCAGUCGAUACCGAGUGCAUCAAUCUCGGCAAAUACCUCAUGCAGAUCUGUUUGACUACCGGCUCGUCGAUGUGGAAGCUCCUCCCAUCAUACCAGAACUGUUCCUCGAUCGACCCUGCCUAUGAGUUUGCGGUUCUCAGCAGCAAGCUCAAGGCUCGAAGCUUGGUGGUUCAGCGAGCAAACUCACAGGGAUUAGGAGAAGAUGUAACAAUCGCGUUAGAGCUUAGUCACGCUUUCGUGGAAAAGAGAGCGGCCAAAUUUGCUCAAGGCUCAAAAAUGGUCGAGAUCCUUGAUGCGAGACUUCGCAGGGCUGAUGAGGCACUCGGAAAGGAUCUGACCGCCGCCCGGACAGCUCGCGAAGCACACCAUGUGCCAACAUCGAUUGAUCUUGACCUUCCCGAACCUGCGGCAGGCGAAGAGCCCAUGGGCGAUGACGAUGAAGACGAUGAGGAUAUGGAGGACGUUGAAGAGGAGAUAGGCAACGAAGAAGAUGAGGUGGCUAGGAUGGAGGAGGAGAAUGAUGCUAUGGAUGUAGACGAAGGUCAUGUCAUUGCGCAGGGGAGCACCACCGCUAGUACUGACCCGCAAGCGCCAUCCGCCUACAUUGACGGGAGGCGAGACCAAAUCGCUAUCGCCAUCAAUGCGUCGCUGCCCCCGGAUCUCGAAAAGUUUCAAGCGAUCUGCGGGGCUAAAGUCCGAUUGCUACGAACGCUGGUGGCUCUCGAGGAUGAUCUCAUCGCCAAAAAGAAAUGCCAUCUUUGCCAAGCUGAUGAAACCGUCCCUGAGACCGAGAAAGAAAAUACCUAUACUUCAAAAGAGAUGUACAGGCAUCAAGUCGACCGUGACUACCACACUCCCGCUUUACGCAUGGAACGCUUCCUUGAUAUCUCCCCUGUCCCUGGCUGGAUGACGGCUCUCAAGGAAAACGACAAUCAAGAUCCUAAAGCCUGCCCAUACUGCAUAGUGAACGGCACCCCGGACAAAAAGUCCUACCAUGUCAGAGAGUAUAAGCGAAUCACAAUACUAUACCCCCACCUCGUCAACAAACAUUUUGACGCCAUCCCAAAGAAGCACCAGCUCUUUCUCAGAGAAAAGGUUUUGAAGCAUUAUCCUACAUGGAGUGAAAGGAAGGAGGCUGGAUGGACAUCGGAUCGACGAGUCAAGCCGAGUGCAGGUUGGGCACCUCGGGGUGAUACAAUCGGCCGCAUCACAGCGGAUGUCAUGGCCAGGGCAAAGGAUGACCCCGCCGGCGAGCACAUUCUGCUUCAAGGCGAAGUGGCCGGUGAUCACUCCUGGAAGCGUCCAAGCAUGCUUACCGCGGCUGGGCGCCUGCCUGGGACCGGUGACCGAAGCGACAAUCAUCUCGAAUGGCCACAUGAUGACGAAGGCGCUUGGGAGGAGGACCAUGCUUGGGGAGAUGCGAGCAUCUGGGCUCAAGAUGAUUAG